AAAAACUAGGGGUCCGCUCCGCCCUCCGGCCAUCGAACCAAUACAGGCCACCGCCAGCCCCCGGGCAGCCCUGCGAUUGGUUCGCUGGCGACACCUUGGCUGACUUAAAGGUGUGAGGCCCCGGUGCCGGCCACACUUGGCCACCACCACCUUGCCAGGCUGCCCGGCUGUCCCCCGCCACCACCACCACCACCAUCACCACCUCCUCCAACAUCAGCAGCAGCAGCAGCAGCAACAUGCCGCGGCCCACACGUGAGAGUUACGGCGAGCAGAAGCCGCCGUACUCGUACAUCUCGCUGACCGCCAUGGCCAUCUGGAACAGCGCCGAGAAGAUGUGCACGCUGGCCGAGAUCUACAAGUUCAUCAUGGACAACUUCCCUUACUACCGCAAGAACACGCAGCGCUGGCAGAACUCCCUGCGUCACAACCUCUCCUUCAACGACUGCUUCAUCAAGAUCCCGCGCCGCCCCGACAGGCCGGGCAAGGGCGCCUACUGGACGCUGCACCCCUCCGCCAUGAACAUGUUCGAGAACGGCAGCUUCCUGCGCCGCAGAAAGAGAUUCAAGAUUCCCCGCGACGAGAAGGACGCCAUGGAGUCGGGCCUGACGCAGGGCGGCGCCCCCCGCCAGGAGGAGCUUCCCCCCGGGGUGCCGCGGGACCUGAGUCACAUCGCCCACGAGCUGAGUCACCACAUGGGGUAUCUGGCGCCCCCGCCUCCGCAUCCGCCUGCCGUCGCCCUCACACCCGCGUCAGCGCCCGUCCCCCCGAAGCGCCAGGCGUUCACCAUCGAGAACUUAGCCACCAGCGACGCCCGCCCGGACCCCCCUGCCCCGGUGGUCCCUACGAGUGUGAGUCACCCAUUGGCCGCCCACGUGCCGCAUUCCGGGGGCGCCUUGUACCCUGCCUUCCUGCCGCCCACCCUUCACCAGAUGUACUCUGCCGCCCUGUCCCUGGCCGCCCUGCCGCCGCCCCUCUACUCCUCCAGCCUGCCGCACCCCGCCCACUACGACCUGUCUCUGGUCGCCCUGCACCCCGCCCUCGCCAAGGCCGUCCCCACCGCCCACCCAUUCGACCUGCAGCACUCGCCGCCCACGGAAGGGGAGCACACCUUUAGGUUCUCGCCGCCCAUGAGGACGCUUUGACCCGCCCACGCUCUCGCCCGCCCUGCCAGAGGUCAGGGAUCACGGGGCGCCUUGCUGUGAUACCUGUACAGUUCCUGUAUACAUAUAUUUUAUUGUU